AUGCGUUUAUUGCAGUAUAUUUGGAUGAUUGGUAUGAUAAUCGGUACUGUUUUGAGCAGUUCACACGAAGGAUAUUUAUACAUCGGUUGUUAUGGUAAUGUGUUUACAGGAUGUAAAUCUAAUGGUAUUAUUCAGGAUAUAAAUGUUGAAAAAUGUGACAAACAAUGUACCGGUUAUGUGUAUAUUGCUAUCUAUAACGGUAAAUCUUGCUACUGUUGUAAUGACGACAAUUUCUCUAUUAGCAAUAAAAUAACAGCUUCAAACUGUAAUAAAGCAUGUCCUGGUGAUUUACAAAGCUUAUGUGGCGGCACUGGAGCUUAUAAAUCUUAUACUAGCCUUUAUUCUAGACGAAAUGAUAAAACUAUAUCGCUUGAGACGAUUAAUAUAUACACAACAACCACACAAAUAAUGGAAAUCAGCACUAAAAUCGAAACACAAACCACGACAAUAUUACCAAGUCCGAUUACCACAACACAUAUUGUACCAUGUCCAUCAUCAGCUAAUGUUGAAACACUAACCAAGACACAAAUGAUGGAAAUCAGCACUAAAAUCGAAACACAAACCACGACCAUAUUACCAAGUCCAAUUACCACAACACAUAUUGUACCCUGCCCAUCACCAACACAGCUACAGCUUUGUCCAACUCCUGCUAUAUCUGUCUCUUCAAUGGUAUUCAGUUUAAACGCAACAAAGCCAAUAGUUUCAACAAAAAAUGUCGAUGGACUGACGGUACAAAAAUCCAAAGCAUGUUUCAUUUUUAAAAUUACGUAA